CGAUCGUACUCUCGCCCCGGGGUCUCCCUUCCGGACGCAGGGAGCGCGCGGGGCUCUGGACAGUCAGUUACAGCGCAACGGAGCGCGAGCAGCCGCCGGCGGCACCAGCUGUCCCGGUACUCGGGCCGGGCUGCAGAGGGACGUGUGGUUCAUUCGUCUGCUCUCCAAGGACCAGAGGACUUGGGCUGGCAGCAUGCGGUGGGUGCUUCGAAGCUGGCGGCUGGUGCGCCCUGGCCUGGAUGCAGCCCUGGUGCGGGGGACACUAGGACGGCCCCAGGGCAGCCGUGCUGUGGGCAGCGCGGGCGCCAGCACCGAGUUCAGCUACGUGGUGGUGGGCGCGGGCUCGGCGGGCUGCGUCCUGGCGGCGCGGCUCACCGAGGACCCCGCCGAGCGUGUGCUGCUGCUGGAGGCCGGGCCCAGGGACGUGUGGGCGGGCAGCAAGCGGCUGUCAUGGAAGAUCCACAUGCCCGCGGCGCUCGUGGCCAACCUGUGCGACGACAGGUAUAACUGGUGCUACCACACGGAGCCGCAGCCGGGCCUGGAUGGCCGCGUGCUGUACUGGCCGCGCGGCCGCGUGUGGGGCGGCUCCUCGUCCCUCAACGCCAUGGUCUACGUGCGCGGGCACGCCGAUGACUACGACCGCUGGCAGCGCCAGGGCGCGCAGGGCUGGGACUACGCGCACUGCCUGCCCUACUUCCGCAAGGCGCAGGCGCACGAGCUGGGCGCAGACACGUACCGGGGCGGCGAUGGGCCUCUGCGGGUGUCGCGAGGCAAGACCAACCACCCACUGCACCUGGCCUUCCUGGAGGCGGCGCAGCAGGCCGGCUACCCCUUCACGGAGGACAUGAACGGCUUCCAGCAGGAAGGUUUCGGCUGGAUGGACAUGACCAUCCAUGAAGGCAAGCGCUGGAGCACAGCCUGUGCCUACCUGCACCCAGCGCUGAGCCGCCCCAACCUGCAGGCCGAGGCACGAACGCUCGUGAGGAGGGUGCUGUUUGAAGGGACUCGGGCAGUGGGCGUGGAAUACGUCAAGAACGGCCAGAGCCACGUGGCCCGUGCCAGCAAGGAGGUGAUCCUGAGCGGAGGCGCCAUCAACUCCCCGCAGCUGCUCAUGCUCUCAGGCGUCGGGCCCGCCGAUGACCUCCAGAGGCUGGGCAUCCCUGUGGUGUGCCACCUGCCCGGGGUCGGCCAGAACCUGCAGGACCACCUGGAGGUCUAUGUGCAGCAGGCGUGCACCCGCCCCAUCACCCUGCACUCCGCACAGAAGCCCCUGCGCAAGAUCUGCAUCGGUCUGCAGUGGCUCUGGAAAUUCACAGGGGACGGAGCCACUGCCCAUCUGGAAACUGGUGGGUUCAUCCGCAGCCAGCCUGGGGUCCCCCACCCCGACAUCCAGUUCCACUUCCUGCCGUCCCAAGUGAUUGACCACGGCCGGGUCCCUACGCAGCAGGAGGCCUACCAGGUGCACGUGGGGACCAUGCGUGGCACGAGCGUGGGCUGGCUCAGACUGAAGAGCGCCAACCCCCAGGACCACCCUGUGAUUCAGCCCAACUACCUGUCCACAGAGGCCGACAUCAAGGACUUGCGCCUGUGUGUGAAGCUGACCAGAGAGAUUUUUGCCCAGGAUGCCCUGGCUCGCUUCCGGGGGGAGGAGCUGCAGCCGGGAAGCCACGUUCAGUCGGAUGGAGAGAUCGACGCCUUCGUGCGGGCCAAGGCUGACAGCGCCUACCACCCAUCGUGCACCUGUAAGAUGGGCCAGCCCUCCGACCCCACCGCCGUGGUCGACCCACAGACCAGGGUCCUCGGCGUGGACAACCUCAGAGUCGUCGACGCCUCCAUCAUGCCCAGCGUGGUCAGCGGCAACCUGAACGCCCCAACGAUCAUGAUUGCCGAGAAGGCAGCUGACAUCAUCAAGGGGCGGCCUGCCCUCUGGGACAAGGAUGUCCCCGUGUACAGACCCAAGACCCUGGCCACCCAGCGUUAAGCCCCUGCCUGGGGAUGACCAGAGCCACUUAGAGUAGCCGGCACGGUCCUGGCUCUUUUCUGACACUGGGACCCGGAGGCCUCGGCUCGGUGGCUGCAGACUGGAUGAUGUUUUAGGAACGGGACCAGGACUGGUGGGUGAGUUGAGCUCCCUUGCUCCAGCACCUGCUUGGGAGAUGGGCAGGACUGUCCUCUGGAGGGCCGGCACAGGAGGAGGGUUAGCUCCGCCCUGUCCUUGUCUCGUGGUCACGUGGCUUUCUCCUAUCCAGAGCCCUGCAGCCUUGAGCCCAGUGGUUCAUUCCAAGCCUUCCUGUUGAGGGCAGGUGCUGUGUGCCUUGGCGCUGCACCUGCGCCUUGCACCCUCCGUCUCCAGCUGCAACCUUUAGCUGAGGCCAAGUCUUACAGGCAUCUGCUGGGCCUGGGCUGGCACCCGGGUUCCCUGCGGGGAGAAAAGCAGGCUUUUCCUUGGCCACUUGAGCCGUCACCCUGAGCAAGGCGGAUCACUGAGGGGCCCGCUUCUCUGGUGCUCCCCGUCCAAAUAAGCAGGAUGCGUCCUGCUGAGGGAUCCAGGCGCCGUCUCCUGGGACGGGAGUGUGGCAGGGAUGCCACAGUGGCUGCACUGGUGGUGGGCUCGGGAGUUAGUGACUCACAGGGUUUUCCUGUGAGCAAGAGACGCACACAGCUGGGUCCCCCUCAGCCCUGGGGAGCAGCCGGCAGCAGACAGGGUUAGCGCUCAUCCUAUAGACGUCGCCGCUGGGAAGAGACCAGGCUGGAGCCGAGCCGAUGGGGGAGGCCGUGGGGUCCCGCCCUGCACCAUGAUCCUAUCGAAACGCAGCUGCAGGGAUGGCGAAGACUGGAGGUGGGGCAGCCACGAGCCCCGUCCACCAAGGGGCGUCUUGUCCUCCGAUACAGGAAUGCAUGACUGGGUUCUGAACGGGAUGUCUUUUCCACACCGCUCUGCCGAGGGAAUCAAAACUGAGUUCUGAUUGCUUCCCUCUGAAUUGCUGCCCGAAUGAGGAGGGGCUCACAGGCCCUGGCCACCCCACCGCUGCAGCGUAGGUUUCUGAGAAAACCCGACCCGGCAGGGUAGCAACAAGGCAGCCAUCGGACCUCUCCUUCCUUGUAACAUCGCACGCGGUUCAAGUUGACUCUCCCGUGUCUGCUGCUGACUCCGCCCCGAGGCCGCUGUCGCCCAGGCCGGGCCUCCCAGCUGCCCCACAGCCUGCCUUUCCCCGGGCCCGGGAGCAGCAGAGGGCUCAGGUGCCAGCUCCGCCACUCCCUCCUGUCAGAGAGGGGAUGUGGAUUCAGGUGAGGGGGAGGUGCCAGGUGCGGGGGUGCCCUAUGUGCACGUGGUGGCCUACAGCCCUGCAGCUGCACCCCCCCCCCCCCCCGUUUCCCCCGCACUCAGCUUCGGAGCCAGUGGCAGCUUCUGGCAGCAGCUGUGUUGCAAGCAAAGGGCGUGGGGUCACGUGCACCCCAGCCCCUCUCCCUCACCUGGGUCCCCCAUCCAGAGAUACUAUUUAGCUGCACUCCGAAGUGGGUCUCAGAAGACAAGAGAGCGGGUGCCGCUGUGCCCAGGCACCACAGCACAGAGAGAGCGAGCGUGCUGCUCUCACAGGGGUUUCUCUCGUGAGCCCGGGCUAGCGCCACUGGGCCGCAAGAUGGACACGUGGACCCUGGAAGCACGGCUGCCUCGCAGGGAGGGAGCCUGGGCAAGACGCGCUUUGUGGUCGUAAGAGCACAGGAUGAAGUGGGGCCCAGUGGCCAGCUCUGCCCCGCCAGGUGGGGAGAAGCCCCUCUGGAAGCUGCUGUGUGACCAGACACUGGGCAGCCCAGGGCCCGGAGCCUUGCAGCCUGCCCUCUGCCCCAGCGUGGGAGUGAGCUGGCAUCACCACAGGAAGUUCCAUCUCCUGCCCCUGCACCCCGUCCAGCGGCCCAGGCCCAUGGUCUGCCAGAGCUGGAGCUGCGGGGAGAGCUGCUCCUGGGACUGCACCCUUUGCAGGCGCGGGCAGCAGAGCCGAAGUCCAGGCUUGCGUGGGGAAAGGCCGGUGUUUGUGCCCAGCUCCUCGCCCAUCGUGCCGCUGAGCGUCCUCCCCCAGAAGUGCAGUUGGCAAGGGUGCAGAAGACUCGCAGCAGCAGCAGGGCCGUGGGUGGAGCGCCGAGGACCAGGGCCCUUGGCUCAGCUGGCGGGGAAGCCGUCCUCCAGCGCCCCCUCCCCAGCCUCCUGCCCGGCAGAGCUGGAAGUGCCACGUGGCCCCGGGCCGUGCCCACAAGCGCGUGCAGGCGGUGCUUCCCGGAGCCCCUCGUGGUCCCUGGCAUCUUGUGAUCGAAAGGCCUAAGGUUCAAGAAACUAAAUGCAUUUUUCUGUGGACACACAAAAGGGCUGUUUUGUGCAGGGGAGGGCGGGAACGAUAGGCAUUCAGUCUUAAAACUUGCCUCAAACAAAGCAUGUCUACAACUUUCGCAUUUUUCUCACAAAAAAAAUUUAAUAUUCGGCAAGAGGUCGGAGUGGACCUAAAGCAGACAGACAUGAAGAAGUGGCGCAGCGCCUGAUAAAGAUGCGGGCUUAUUAACCACUGGCUGCGGGAGCGCUCCCAGCCUGUCCGGGGGUGCAGGCCGGACCCGAGGCCAACCAACGGCCAAGUAGCCCUUUGGGAGAGGCCGCGCCCUGCAGCCCCGAGGAGCCUGGAGGGUAAGAAAAAGAUGCACCUGCUGGCAGGGCGGAGCUGCCAGUGGAGAGGACCCGCCCCUCAGGCGAGGACAGCCCCCAGACAGAACGAGAUUAUCACACAGGUUCAUUCUGAAGAACAUUUUGCAUUUUAAUUAAAAAAAAGGAUUUAUGUCAGGAAAUAGUCAUUUACAAACCUUGACGUGUUUUUGCCUGGAUCUGGAGGAAGAAUGUCUUUAAGAAGAGGUUUGUAAGGUUUCUGUAACAAAGUGCUGUUAUUUACAAAAAAAAAAAACAAACAAACAAACAAACAAAAAAAACCCACCACCAACAAAAAGUUCCGUUGUCUGCGUCCUAUUUAAAAAUUUGGAACCAAGAGCCUGCGAUAGCAGUGGCGUGCCUGCCGCGGUAACCCGGGCAGGAGGCGGCCUUUCGUCUGGACGGAGCAGCGCGGGAGCCCUGGCCCAGUUGCACUUCAAAGCCCUCAGAGAGCACGCGCGGCCCAGCAGCCUUGGGGUCCGCACAGACCCCGUGCCCGCCCCGACCCCACUUGCCUGCGCGGUUCCUCCCGCACCAGAGGCGCACCGCAUCCCAUCGGGGCAGACCGGAGCACAACGCAGUGGGCCACAGGGGGCCUCUGCCCAAAGGACAGGUGGCGAGUCAGCAGCUGGUGAGAGUCUCGUAUCCAGACAGGUUUACAGUGACGCAAAAUAGUUUAGAAAAAUUUCUGUGGCGUCAAGUUCCCUUGAACUCAGAAUUUUAUAUCCAAGGAAUUUUCACCGAACAGAUGGGAGUUGGCUCUUACUUCUUCGACUUCCGUGUAGCCCAAGUAAAAACAGCAGUCAUUUCCUAGGUGUCGGUGGGGAACAGCAGUUGUUAGGACCCAUGGGUAUUGCUGCGGAUCAAAUACGGUACAAUAAUUACAAAAUAUAGACCAUCUCUUUACAAAUACAAAGUCGAGUAUGUUACAAGUCCUGUACAGGAAAUCUAUAAUUUUUAAACAAAUAGCGUAUCUAAGUUUA